UCACCUGGCACCAGGGUAACUGUUUAACUUCAUUUUCUGAUGGAAGUGAGAGCUGGCCACCUCUCCCUUGUACCUUCCCUAAGUGUAUUCCAAAAUGGGUGUACUGGAUUCGUCUUCCAGAAAGUCGGAAAGCUGGCAGCGACAGCGGUGGGAGGUGGAUUUUUCCUACUUCAGAUUGCAAACCACACGGGAUACAUCAAAGUGGACUGGAAUCUGGUACAACGGGACAUGAACAAAGCCAAGGAGCAGCUGAAAUUUCACAGCAGUGGUAAUAAAAUGCCUCCAGAAGUGAAAAGCAGAGUGGAUGAGGUGAUCAUAUUUCUGAAGAAGAAUGUUAUCCUGACUGGAGGGUUUGCUGGAGGAUUCUUGAUUGGAAUGGCAUCCUAGAAGCUGCACUCGACUCUCCUUUCGUGCCCAACCUCCCCUCCCCUCCUGUACUGCUGUUAUCUCUCACUUAGAAGUCAAAGGAUGUUGCCAACAGACUCAGUCCCUUCUGCUCACAGGUUCCAGCCCUUAUUUCUUACAACGCUGCUUCUGAUUUCCACAUUUUUCAUCAGUCUGGGCUGUCAGUGUGCUGGGAUCAGUCUGAAA